GUGGUGGUUUUGUUGGUUUUUUUUUUCCUGGUGUUUUUUUUUCUCCUCCUCCUCUCGGUGUGGACACCUUAAAAAUACAUAUAUAUAUAUAUAUAUGUGUGUGUGUAUAUACAUAUAUAUAUAAUCGAUAACUAUACGCGUGUACACACACACACACUCACACAGGCAGGGAUGUGCGCGUAUAUACACGCGGCGGUAUAAAACACACGGGAGGAGGAGAGACAAUCCAGGGUGAAUUCCUCGUGCCUCCAUUCCCGGGGAAAGGGGGGAGCAGCCGCUCGCAAGCAUCACCCUUCUGUGGCAAGAGGCACCCGAAAGGAAAACUUCUGCAUAUCAAUGCACUGCCAAUGGUGGUGUAAUACCAAGGGCUGUACUGCUGCCACAUCACAAUUUUGUGGGGUUUCAGAGAGUAGUUCUGGGUUGUGUCCUUUGUUGUGACCUCAUGGUUUAACUGGGAAUAAAGAUGAGUAUAAGCAGUGAUGAGGUUAACUUCCUGGUAUAUAGAUACUUGCAAGAGUCAGGGUUUUCCCAUUCAGCAUUUACCUUUGGUAUAGAGAGCCAUAUCAGCCAGUCUAAUAUAAAUGGUGCUCUGGUGCCACCAGCUGCUUUGAUUUCCAUCAUCCAGAAAGGUCUGCAGUAUGUAGAGGCAGAAGUCAGUAUUAAUGAGGAUGGUACCUUGUUUGAUGGUAGGCCGAUAGAGUCUCUCUCACUGAUAGAUGCAGUGAUGCCUGAUGUGGUACAGACAAGACAACAGGCCUACAGAGACAAACUUGCACAACAGCAGGCAGCAGCUGCUGCAGCUGCAGCUGCCACCAACCAACAGGGAUCAGCGAAAAAUGGAGAAAAUACUGCAAAUGGAGAGGAGAAUGGAGCACACACUAUAGCAAAUAAUCACACGGAUAUGAUGGAAGUAGAUGGAGAUGUGGAAAUCCCUCCCAACAAGGCAGUGGUGCUGCGUGGCCACGAGUCCGAAGUGUUCAUCUGUGCCUGGAAUCCCGUCAGUGACCUUCUGGCCUCAGGGUCUGGCGAUUCGACGGCGCGGAUCUGGAACCUGAGCGAGAACAGCACGAGCGGCUCCACGCAGCUGGUGCUGCGGCACUGCAUCCGGGAGGGUGGGCAGGAUGUGCCCAGCAACAAGGACGUCACCUCGCUGGACUGGAACAGUGAAGGUACACUUCUAGCAACUGGGUCUUACGAUGGCUUUGCAAGGAUAUGGACUAAAGAUGGUAAUCUUGCCAGCACCUUAGGGCAACAUAAAGGUCCUAUAUUUGCGUUAAAAUGGAACAAGAAAGGAAACUUCAUUUUAAGUGCAGGAGUGGACAAGACCACAAUUAUUUGGGAUGCCCACACUGGCGAAGCCAAGCAGCAGUUUCCUUUUCAUUCUGCACCAGCAUUAGAUGUUGAUUGGCAGAGUAACAACACAUUUGCCUCUUGCAGUACAGACAUGUGUAUUCACGUUUGUAAACUAGGACAAGAUAGGCCCAUCAAAACCUUCCAGGGUCACACAAAUGAAGUAAAUGCAAUCAAAUGGGAUCCCACUGGUAAUCUGCUGGCAUCCUGCUCUGAUGACAUGACUCUAAAGAUCUGGAGUAUGAAACAAGACAGUUGUGUCCAUGAUUUACAAGCACACAACAAAGAAAUUUAUACUAUCAAAUGGAGUCCUACAGGACCAGGAACAAAUAAUCCAAAUGCCAAUCUUAUGUUAGCAAGUGCAUCCUUUGAUUCUACUGUUAGGUUAUGGGAUGUAGACAGAGGAAUUUGUAUUCAUACUCUGACAAAACAUCAAGAACCUGUGUACAGUGUAGCUUUCAGUCCUGAUGGCAGGUACCUGGCCAGUGGCUCCUUUGAUAAAUGUGUACACAUCUGGAAUACACAGACAGGUGCCCUAGUUCACAGUUAUCGGGGAACAGGAGGGAUUUUUGAGGUUUGCUGGAAUGCAGCAGGAGACAAAGUUGGAGCAAGUGCUUCAGAUGGUUCAGUUUGUGUACUAGACCUCCGGAAAUAGCGCUCUUAGUUGGAAGCCAUGGACCGACUAUGAAUGUGUACAUAGCCAAAAUGACUGUCCCUGACCCAUGUACUGCUAUAGUCCCAAUCGAACCAUGGCCAGUCCACUACAGCCAAAUGUAAAAGAAAUAUAUACAUAUACUGUAUAUAAAAAAAAA